GACCCGUCUCAUUGCCGUUCGUCCUCCUUUUCUAGCCCUUCAUUUCCUGUUACUACCUGCGCAUUCAGCCUUAGCAGGAGUAUGAAGACGAACAGAAAGUAAGUUGCGACCUUCUUGAUUGUCAAAGCAAUUGAUGUGGACUUGCACAGACUGAAGGAAAGAUAUUAUACAACCUGGAAAUAAUAGCUCUUCUUACGGAACUUGUUACAGAAAAGAAGCAACAAUCGCCACCAUGAAGAAAGGAUGGGUCCAACCAGUGUCAAUCAAGGGAAAUCAUCCUGACGAUCACAAGAUUUCAGUGAACCAUGUUACUAAGGCUGCAGAUUCGGAGAGUCAACCCAGCUGCAUUUUCUGCAUGGGUAAAACUAGUUGCCGUAUUGUACGCUCAAGAACAAAAUUAAUGAAUAUAAUGAUAGAUAGAGGAAAACCUCGGGAAGCCAGUGCCAUUUUUCAAAAUCUGAUUAAAGGAGGGCACCAACCAUCUUUAGUAACAUACACAACCCUGUUGAAUGCCUUGACCAUUCAAAAGAGCUUCGAAUCCAUACAUUCCAUUGUCUCACAGGUGGAAGAAAAAGGAAUGAAGCCUGAUUCGGUAUUUUACAAUGCUCUCAUAAAUGCGUUUGCAGAAUCUGGGAACAUGGAGGAAGCCAUAGAAACAUUUCAGAAGAUGAAAGAUAGUGGAAUAAUACCUACCAUGAGUACUUAUAACACAUUGAUCAAAGGGUAUGGAAUAGCUGGUAAGCCUGAAGAAUCUAUGAAGCUACUGGACAUGAUUGCAAGAGAGGGAAAUGUGAAACCCAACCUCAAGACAUAUAAUGUGCUCGUUAGAGCAUGGUGUAAAAAGAACAUGUCUGAGGCACGGAGUGUGGUGGAUAAAAUGGUGGCAUCCGGAAUGCAGCCAGAUGCUGUUACUUUCAACACGAUGGCAACAGCUUAUGCUCAGAGUGGAGAGACGGCUAAGGCUGAAGCAAUGAUUUUAGAAAUGCAGAACAAUGGUGUGAGGCCUAAUGAGAGAACUUACAGCAUCAUUAUCAGUGGAUACUGCAGGGAAGGUAAAAUAAAGGAAGCUCUGAGGUUCGUGUACAGGAUGAAGGAUCUGGGGCUGCAAGCUAACCUCGUUUUGUUCAAUUCCCUAAUAAAUAGUUUUGUGGACAUGAUGGAUAGAGAUGGUGUUGAUGAGGUUCUACAGUUGAUGGAAGAAUUUCAGAUCAAACCAGAUGUGAUCACAUAUAGCACCAUAAUGAAUGCUUGGAGCCAAGCUGGAUUCUUGGAGAAAUGCAAGGAAGUUUUCAGUGAUAUGUUGAAAUCUGGUGUAGAACCAGAUGCACAUGCUUACAGUAUCCUUGCUAAAGCCUACGUGCGUGCGCAAGAACCAGCAAAGGCAGAAGACUUGCUAACUGCCAUGAUAAAAUCAGGUGUGCCCCCUAAUGUUGUCAUAUUUACAACUGUCAUAAGUGGAUGGUGCAGCACCGGCAGGAUGGACUAUGCUAUCAGGAUUUUUGACAAGAUGUGUGAAUAUGGGAUUUCUCCAAAUCUGAAGACUUUUGAGACCCUCAUUUCUGGAUAUGCUGAAGCAAAACAGCCUUGGAAAGCAGAAGGAAUACUCCAAAUAAUGAAAGAGUUUAAUGUUCUUCCUAAGAAAUCUACAAUCACACUUGUUGCAGAAGCUUGGUAUUCUACCGGAUUAACAAAAGAGGCAAAUAGAUUACUACAUACUGGAAAAAACAAGCCAAUGACCCAUUCAGUAGAGCGAGACGAAGAAAUACCAGCUGAAAGCUCUGAGAUGGUUUACCAAAAGCCCUAUACCAGUGCUCUUAGCUCUGGUUUCUUACAGAUUCCAACUGUAGGUACCAGUGAUACGAGACGCUCGGCUUUAACAGCCAGGAGAAGCCGAAUUCCCUUGAAAGAUCUCGAUCUGGAAAGCUCAUUGCUCACAUCAAAAUUCAAGCGACUUUCUCAAACUUGUAGACCCAGUGAUGGAUUUUCCAUUAUGUGCCAGAGGCAGUUUCUGGGGCAGCAUGGCACGUACCAACUUGCAAAUUCAUGUACAGCAGUUUUCUUGAACUGAAAAAAGAAUAUCCGACGCAAUCACAUUGUAUAUUCAAAUGAACAAGAAUCAGUCAUUCAAGGUAAAUAGUCAGAACAACCUCACACUGCUCACAUUUUCUUGUAACCAAAACAUGCUUCUUGUCUCGUGCUACUCCUGUUCCUUGAGUGUAGGAGUGUGUUGAAGGUGAAAGAAGGCAUCAAUUCUCUGUUAAAAAAAAAAAAAAAAACUUUUUCUUGUUGAGCACAUCCGUUUGUAACCGCAAAUCAUUCUUGGGGAUUGUUUGAGCUCAGGCUGCAUAAAUCUUAUUUUCAUAAAUGUAUUGAGAGAAGGUCGAAACUA